UGGGGGCUCCCUGCUCUAACCCCCCGGCCCCCCAGGAUGGAGUUCGUGACGGGGUACCGGGCCGAGGUGCUGGACCUGGCAGAGCUGCUCCUGGGGUGGCACCGGCUCCAGGCCGGGGGGCCCCGGGACGGGCAUCACCAGCGCCGGCAGGAGGGGCACGUCCGGCGCCUGCCCCCCGACCCCGCCCUCUGGCUGCUGCACCUGCUGCCCAACCCCCGGCUGGCCCUGGGCUUGGCGCUGCCGGGGGGGGCCCGGGGGGAGCCCCGGGGGCGGCUCUGCGGGGAGGACGCCCUGCAACUGCGGGACCUGCAGCGGACGGUCACCUUCCUGCGCCUGGACGAGGAGGAUGAGGGGCUGGAGACAGGCCAGGCCCUGGUGCAUGUGCAGCACCUCCUGCUGGUGACGGACGAGCACGGGACGGUGAUGGGCCUGGAUUUCCAGCUGGGGGCCGGGGCCCCCCCCCAGCCGGCCGCGCCCCCCCCGCUGGAGCAGCUGGCCCUGGAGCUGCUGGGCCGGAGCAUGGCCUGCCCGCUGGGGGCGGGGGAGCCCCGCCGGCCCCGGCUGCUGGCCGUGGGGGACCCCGCCUUGCACAAGUUGCUGGAGCCCCUGCUGCCCCGGCUCGGGGUACGGCUGAGCCCGGGGCCCAUGCGGGGCUGGGGGCCGCGACCCGCCUUCACCUUCCCCUCCAUGCGCGUGCGAGCCUGCCACGUGUGCAAGAGGCACGGGUUCCAGGGGCGGCUGGCGCCCUGCCAGCAGUGCCGGGCCGUUCUGUACUGCUCCGAGCGGUGCCGGGCCGCGGACUGGGCCCGCAGCCCCGAGGACGCGGCCCACCGGGCCUGGUGCCCCCGCAUGGCCGGGUACGUGGCCCGCGCCCGCCAGCUGGCCGACCUGCCCUUCAGCUUCGCCGCCGAGGUGACCGGCGACGGGUUCAACAAGGAGGGGUUCCUGGCCGCGCGGGGGCUGACCCGGGGGUACUGGGCCCACGAGAGCAUGCUGGUCCGGGCCCCCGACUACGGUGUGGGGCUGGGGGGCAGAAAGGACUGGACACCCGGCCCCCUGCAGAGCGGUAACCCCUUCGAAGCGCUGAGGCCGGAGGGGGGAGCGGCCCUGCCCCCCACCUCCCCAGAGCCCCCUGCACCCAGGACCUAUUUCAUCCCGGAGCUGAACAUCCUGAACAAACAGUCGCUGAAGAUUCACAUCGUGGAGACGGGGAAGGAGUCGGACAUGGCCCCCCUCUUCUGGGAGCUCUCCGUACUGCUGCCCCACGUGUGGCUGGAGCUCCUGUUUCUGGGGGGCGUCCUGCCCCCCGAGGCCGACGGGCAGCAGCUCCUGCUGCAGAGAACGGAGACACAGGGGGUGCGCGUCUGGCCCGGCCCGGCCCCCAAGGCCAAGGGGGGGCGGGGGGGGCUGCAGCUGAAAUUCUGCGCCCAGCCCACCCCCCUGCUGCAGGGCCCCAGACCCGACCUGGUCAUCGGGUUCAAUUCCGGCUUUGCACUGAAGGACACCUGGCUCAGUGCCCUGCCCCGCCUGCAGGCGCUCCGGGUCCCGGCCUACUUCACGGAGUGCAGCGAGUACAGCUGCGCGGUGGACGAGGCCACGGUCUCCAUGGCGACGGGGGGCAGCACCGGCCCGCCCCACGUCAACCCCUUCCGCUCGCCCUUCCGCCAGGCCGGCGUCGACAACGCCAUGCCCUGGUACUCCAACGCCUUCAUCUUCCACCUGCUGUACAAGGGGGGGGCCGGGGGGCCGCGGCAGCCCCCGGGGCCGGCCCCGCCCCCCGCCCCCAGCCCCGCCCACCUGGAGCCCGGCCCGGCCCGCGCCCGCCGCAAGGAGAAGCGGCAGAACCGUGGCGGCCGCCGCCGCAAAUGAGGGGGGUGGCGGGAGGGGGGGGGCUAAUAAACCCGCCCCGGCUAAUGGAGCCUGCGCCUCGUUACUGUCCGACCCGGGG